AGGCGGCAGCCUGGGCGGGGCAGGAAACAGGGUCCCGCUCCCGCCCUUGCCCACGAGAGUUCUUCCCUUCUGCUCUUCCUUCUCCCCCCGCCUCCCUCUACUCCGCCUGUCGACCCUGGUCAGCGCGGCAGCCAGGACCGGUGAGAGCUCGCGGCUUGGAUGCUUGGUGACAGCAAGAGACUGGGUGACAUGAGAUUCGACUGCGCCCUGCCCGGGACAGCUUAAUGGUAGAAGCAUUAAUCCCUAAAGAGACCGGAGUGGGUUUCAGGAUGACAAAAGAGGAGCCCCCGAGUACCUCAAAGGACUUGCAGGAGCUGCAGAAGAAGCUGUCUUUGCUGGUAGAAUCCAUCCAGAAUAACUCAAAGAUGGUUGCCUUCAUGAAGUCUCCGGUGGGGCAGUACCUGGACAGGCACCCUUUCAUGGCCCUCACCGUGCUGGUGUUUGUGGUCAUGUCAGCCGUUCCUGUCGGGUUCUUCCUGCUCAUCGUGGUGCUUACCUCCCUGGCUGCUUUUGUGGGAGUCAUUUUACUGGAAGGACUGGUCAUCUCUGUGGGCGGCCUCUCACUGCUUUGUGUCCUCUGUGGCUUGAGCUUCGUAUCACUCGCCAUGUCGGGGACAAUCAUAGUGUCCUACGUCGUGGUCUCCAGCCUUGUCAACUACUGGUUUCCUCCCAGACCUCUGACACAACAAAACUCCAGUGGCGACUGUCAGCUGGCAAUGAAGUCCGCAGACUUAGAGGGGCUCUGCCAGGAAUGACCGGCCCAGCGGAGCCAGAGCUUUUUCCAAGCACUUCUCGAAGGCUGUAGAUCAUACUCAGCCCUUGGGAUUAUGACUCAGAAGGGGACUGGGUGGUCAAGCACUCCUUGGAAGUGUCCUCUAGCUUUUUCACAUAUUCCUAGGAUCCCACAGGGUCCACUUUGGGGAUCUUGUUGCUUUUGCAUGAGUCCUGUGGUUCCGUUGGCUGAUCCACCCUCACAUGAGAAUUAGCAGAGAACUGCAGUGGCUCAGCACCUCCUUGCCUUUCACCCUUCCUCCCCAAUGUGCAGACUUGACCUUGGCCCAGUCCUGAGCCUCUACAGCCUAGCAGCUUGACCCCAAAGACUCAGUCUUGUGUCCAAGGGCCCAGUUUGGGGCAACUGUGGAUUUUUUUUUCUUUUUUUUUUUUUCCAGAAAUGAGAGAACCUGUUUAUAUCUUCACUUAUUUGAAACAAAGUGGGGAAAGAGCAAAACAGAUCAAGCUCUUCUGCCUUAUUAGCUUUUUAUCAGAAAAACCAGCAACAUUUGGCAAUAAUGGCUUCUCAGACAGAGUUGGAUAAAAAAUAAAGUCCAAAGUUAACUUUAUGGCCAAGGGCACUUUUGAAAAAAAUCUAAAGAGUUUCCAUGUUGAGUACUGUUAGGUGUCGUUACUCUUUAAAAUAUUUGCACUUGAUACUUCUGUAUUGUUUGAAAGAACUUGGCUUGUUAAGCCAUUUCUGUAAAAAUCCUAUGAAAAUGCUAAAGGACUAAACAAGCUUUUAAAAUCCUGUGGGAUUUCCCCUUCAGUGGUCUGCUGUGGCAUUUUAUUAACUAUUUAUAUAGAUGAGCUUUUUUUCUUUACUCUUUAUUUCACCCCCUAGACAUCAGACCCCCCUUAUUCCUUCUCCGUUGAUUUCAUGGCAGAUCCCGGGUAAUAGGGCUCGUGAUAGACCCUCCACCCAAAGUGGCAUUGGGGGGGUGGGCAGAAGGGGGGAGUUCCUUUCACUCAACUAAAAAGCCAGGGGGUAGAUUUUCAGACACUGCUGGAUCCAGGGGCCCAAGCGGCAUCUUGAGGCAUCUCUCUCUCUUCAUCCCUCAGCAUUGCUUUCCUCGUGUGAGGGGCUUUUCCAGUCAGGCCCUGCAUACGUGGAGGUCCCAGCAGCUCUGGCUUUAAUACGUCAGCUUCUGGGUUUGGCUCUGAUUGGACAGACUUGAGUCAUGUGAGCAAUCCUGAACCAAUCACAGUGGUCGGGAGGGUGGACUAUGCCAAUGGGUCAGGGCCGCGCCAUAGGUUCAUGCCGGAGCCAGGGGAUGGUUUACGUCAGCCCCACUGAUUUUGCGUAGGGUGGGGUGCAUAUUCCCAAAGGAAUAGGAGACGGAGAGGAAAUAUUUGCUGGGCAGACAAAAUAAAAAGCCUGCUACUUGUCCCACUUACAGGACAUAAAAGCCUUAAUCUGGAAACUUCUGAAUCCCAUGACAGCCACGCGUGUCCCUAAAGGUGGCUUUACCUCUUAGAGAAAAAGAACUGCGUACUCCUGCCAGCACAUGGAGUAUUAAUAAUUGGUGUUUAUUAAAUUUGUCUUUUC